AUGACCCUACUUCGUGGCACCAAGUUUCGAAUGGCUUGGGAACUCCGUAGUCACGACGGUGCCGAAGAUGACAGCGGAAGCUUUGACGACUGUGAAAGCUAUGAGCACAUCAUGGAGGCGCUGGACGACAUCGUCAUUGAGGAUUGA